AUGCAGAGCCAUCCCAGGCAGUUCGUCAAUGCCCUGCUCGCACGUCGACGGGAGCGUGCCACCAGUACCGCUCUUAUGGCUAGCGCGCCGGCCUCGUCUGAGGAAGAUGCCGUUCCUCCCAUACUCCCCUCCGGCGAAGAAACUGCUGUACCAACCAUGAUCCUCCGGUCUGAGGAAAAUGCCGUUCCUCCUACGAUGGUCCCGUCUCAGGAAGAUGCUAUUUCUCCUGCGCCCGGCUCGUCUGAGGAUAACGCCGCUCCCGCCACAGGCCCCCCGUCUGGCGACAUAAGGCCCGCGGAUCAGCUCUGGAACGAGGUGUGGAUGGAAACGAAGGGGGUGGAUGUGUUUAAAAGUGGGCAGAGCUACGAAUCUUUUCGUCAGUCCAUUCUCAACAUGUGCAGCAAGUAUGAGGAACGAGGCGACACCAAGUGUCUGACUGCCAUCAAACCUGUUGUUGACGGGCUGCUGUCCAUCAGCCAAGCUAUCACAAAUCUGGCAAAGAUAGACUACUUGUUACCUUUGUUGUGGGGUGGAACUCAGAUCUUGUUGGAGGAAGAAUUUAGCGACCUGUGUACAACUUACCUGGAGGCGUGUAUUCGCACGGCACACCAUCUUCAAAGGGCAGCUUGGAGGAACUAUCUCCGAGCAGUUGUCAGAUGCGGUAGCGACGGUCGACACUUUACCGCUGCAAUUGCCAAGCUGGAAAAAUUCGAAAGGAUUAUCCAUGACGAGACGAUGCUGGCUUUGGCCAUGCAUAUCAUGCAUGGCCGAUCGUCCCUUAGUGGGAGAGCGCCAGCUUUGACAAUCCCAGCUUCGACAGCCACAACUUCGACGGCCACAGCUGAUCCGGCCACAGUUUCGACAACCCCGGCUUCGACGGCCACAGCUGAUCCGGCGCAAGACGCCUAG